ACAAAGUGAACAUGAUAGUAUCCAAGAUACACCGUGCAUUGGAAUUGCUCUCAGCAAAAAUUUCAAAUUCAAACCAACAAGUUUUCGAGCUGAAAAUCUGAAGUAUAUAUAUACUCCAUCUCCCAUUCUCACCUCAAAGUCUCAAACUUCAGGAUGUUGAAGAUUUCAAAGCAUCUCGGCUCCAGCUUGCGUGGUUUAUCCCCUCGGGCUGGAAUGGCUACUGCAGCUAUAUCAUAUGGGGCUAAUGGGCCAUUGAGACACAAAGUAUAUGCUCCUUAUACAAUUUUCAAGGGCAAAGCUGCCCUGUCUGCCUCACCCAUACCUCCAACAUUCACCAAAUCAAAUUUGGGAAAUCUAGUGGUUGAUCGCAAGGGUGUUAUAUUGUUGACAUUCUCUCCUGCUGUUGGUGAGCGCAAGUAUGACUGGGAAAAGAAGCAAAUGUUUGCACUGUCAGCAACUGAGGUUGGAGCUCUCCUCAACUUAGGUCCUGAUGAAUCCUGUGAAUUCUUCCACGAUCCUUCCAUGAAACAAAGCAAUGCCGGUGAAGUUAGAAAAAGCAUGUCAAUCAAGGCACAUAGUGACAACAGUGGUUAUUUCAUGUCUCUUAAUGUUGUCAACAAUGUCCUCAAGACAAAUGAUCGCCUAACUGUGCCAGUUACGAGUGCUGAGUUUGCUGUUAUGCGGACUGCUUUCAAUUUUGCUUUGCCAUAUAUCCUGGGAUGGAACCACUAUUUUGAUGCGCAACAAACAAGCACAGAUCAGAUGCCUUCGGGAAAUGUGACAAGAUUUCCCGAUUCCGAAUGGGACAAAUGAAGCCGAAGUGAGUAACCGUCUUGUUCUUGUUUUUUGGCUGGCUGCUGGGUACUUGCUCUCACCUGAAACAGAGAGACAUAUGAUGUAUGAUGGUGAGGGAUUUAAGCUUUUGUAUGGAGACAUUCUAGAGUUGAAAACAAAGAUCAGAGUUGGUA